GUUUUGGCUUUUUGGUAUGUAAAAGGUAAAUGAAUCUUUCUUCCGUUACGCUACGGAGCAUGUGAAACAUUCCUUCAUCGGGUUGUAGGUUGUGACACGUAUGAGCUCCAAGUGCUGUAUUAAUACGGACACAAUUUCGUCUUGAUUCAUAGAAUUCACUAGAAGAAAGUAUCGUCUCUCUGAGCGAAUCAAAAAGUUUCAGUUCUAAUGGCGAUUGAGAUCUGUUGCAAAGCUGCUACCGGUGCCCCUGAUGUUCUUGGAGACUGUCCAUUUUGCCAAAGGGUUCUCUUGACUCUGGAAGAGAAGAAACUCACCUACACAACUCAUCUUAUUAAUCUGGAGAGCAAACCCGAAUGGUUUCUUGAAGUGAACCCAGAUGGGAAAGUUCCGUUGAUAAAGUUCGAUGACAAAUGGAUUUCUGAUUCUGAUGUUAUUGUGGGUCUGAUUGAAGAGAAGUUCCCUGAACCUUCACUUUCUCCUCCACCUGAACUCGCCUCUGUGGGAUCGAAGAUAUUCCCAAAGUUUGUGACAUUCUUAAAGAGCAAGGAUGCCAAUGAUGGAACAGAGCAAGCUUUGCUUGAUGAAUUGAAGUCAUUGGAAGAACACCUCAAGAAUAAUGGACCUUAUGUGAAUGGAGAAAAGAUCACAGCCGUUGAUUUGAGUUUGGCACCAAAGCUUUACCACCUUGAGGUGACUCUUGCUCAUUUCAAGAAGUGGACUGUUCCUGAAAGUUUGACUCAUGUGCAUAACUACACAAAGUCUUUGUUUGCUCGGGAGUCGUUUGAGAAAACCAAAGCUGCUAAAGAAUAUAUGAUUGCUGGAUGGGCACCAAAGGUUAAUCCAUGAAGCCAUUCCAAACUCUAGCUUUAGUAACUCCAUUUCUUCACUUUAUGUUACUGGAUAUAUUUUAUAAAAACCUAUGGUUUGUGAUGCUAUUGGGUCUAAUGAGUAAAAUUUAACUUUUGAGCUAAAACAAA